AUGAGUCGCCUCGCGUCGAAGCCGAAGGACGACAAGGAGCGGUACGUGACGUACUCGAUCGUAGUGCGCGCCGCUAACAAGGACAAAGGAAUCGAAGAAGAGGUCGUCACGAAGAAGAUGACCAAGUUUAUCGACGGAGGGCCCAAGGACUUCCUGGAGUGGGUCUACAACUUCAACCAGCUUGCGAAGCUGAAGCCCUGGCUGGCCGAGGACAAGAUCCUCAACACUACUAUCCUACUCGAAGGCGAUCUCCGCGAUGCCUUUGAAGAGGCCGCCUUCUCCGACGACGACGUGCGGAUGGACGAGGAAUACACCGCCGCGCUCCGCAAGGCCUCCAUCGUCGUGCUUCCCGUCGAUGACAGCGAGAAGCUGCAAGAAGACCUCUGGGAGAUUCGCAAGCCCCGCGACGAGUCGCUUGCCGAGUAUAGCAAGAGGUUUCGCGCUCUCGCUCGCCAAGAAAACACGCUCGCUCGCCUCAACGGGACGUCUCCGAUGUGCGAAGACGCUCUUUGCCGCUUGUACAAGCGCGGUCUCCCCUACGACUGGCAAAACAAGUACGAUGCCAGCGGGCAAGUCUACACUACGGUGACCGCGCUCAUACCCUUCUUCGAGCGAAUCGAGCAAGGCGAGCGUCACCUACACCGCGCAGGUGCCCACAACCAGCGUGGGGACGGCAAUGACAACUCACGCCACUCUGGAACCAGAAACAACAACGGCAACCGGCGCAGCAACAACAGCAGCAACAACAACCGCCAGCAGAAUCAACGUGGCGGAAACCGCGGCUGUGGACAAGGCAACAACAACGGAAGUCAACACGGGAACGGCCACGUCAACAGCUCAAGCAACAACAUGUACUGUACCUUCCAUCGUACCACCACCUACAACACGCAGGACUGCCGCUCGCUUCGCGCAAACAAUCGCCAAGAGGAACACCACCAAGCCGACCAGCUGCGCGGCUCCCGUCCUGCUCGAAACCGACAGCAAAACUAG